AUGACUGAAACAGUUUCGCAAACUAAUGACAAUGAUACAUCAAUAUUUUCAUGUCUUCAUUGUAUAUUAUCACCAAUAUCGAAAGCUACUGGCUCUGCAACAUUUGCAUUAAAUGAUGCAUUAUGUACAUGCCUUCUUAAUGGGCCUGGUGAAUUACGACAACAACAAGAUGCCACUAAUCGUCUUCAAGUUGAUAUUACAUUUCAAGCUCGUCCAGGUAAUAAUAAUACAAAUUCGACAUCAACAAAAGAUAAACUUAUUGAGCAAUGGCUUGAAACAUUGGUACAUUCAACUGUUUUAACUGAACAUUAUCCACGUUCACAAAUUAAUAUUGUUAUGUAUGAAGAACAAAAUUUAUCUGGUGAAGCAACAAUACUUGCAUGUUUAUGUAAUACACUUUGUUUAACAAUGCUUGAUGCAAAUUUACCAAUGAAAUAUGCAUUUGCUGCUGUACCUGUUGUUCAACAUCCAACAAAAGGUCUUAUAUCAUUACCUAAAACAAAAGAUGAAUUAGCAUCAACAAGUUAUUUUGUUGUUGUUUUUGAAAUAACAUUAAAUGAUAUAUUAGCUAUGCAUGCAAGUGGAGAUUUUGAUAUGAAAACUCUUGAACAAGCUAUAUCUAUUGCUCAACCAAUAGCUAGACAAAUAUUUCAAUUUUAUAGACAAGAACUUGAAAAAAGACUAACCUAG